UUGAUAUAAAAAAAAAUGGACGGCAAAUACUACGGAAAAUCAAAGAAAUGGCAUACAUUUGGAUUUAUGGUCAUAUUACUUCUACUAUAUGGUCUUGCCAUAGUUCCGGCUCAAACAACGACUGAUUUUCCAGAGACAACUAGCACUGAGCUGGAUGAGGAUGUCCAGGUUAAAGUCAUUGCUACCGUCUAUACCCUGAGUUUUAGUCUACUUGAUGAGAAUAAAUAUAUUAUAACAAAUGUUACCUGUCAAUUGGGCACAAAUACACCGAUUGUGGCCAAUGAGAAUCAUGUGUGUGAAGGCCUUGAACCUUGCUCUCAAUAUACAGCCUUGGUGACCUUUGGUGUUAUAGAUGAGAACCUAACUCCACCAGAUGAGAAGACAAUCAAUGCUUUUACGGCCUACAAGCAGCCCAGUGCAAAUAUCACUUUGCUAGCGCCAACAGCAACAACAAUAAAAGUGACAUGGAAAGCAACAGAUCGUGCAUGUGUCAGUUCAUUUAAGCUAUAUGCAACAUAUGGCUUAACCUCAUCAGAUACUGAGCAAACCAAUGAGAAGAGCACAUACACGUUUACGGGUCGUUUGCCAUGUCAGACGUAUAAUAUAACCAUAAAUACGUAUAACAAUGCCAGUUUGCUAGUUUAUACAGAUGUGCAACAGGUGGAUACCGAUUAUUCAGAACCAGGAGAUCUAACAUUGGACGUUAACAAUUCAACCAAUGGCGAUACAGUAAUCUCUUGGGGUGAUCCUGUCAGCUCAAAUUGUAUAAAUCUUUAUACAUUUAAAUGGAAACUUUUGGAUUGUGAAAUUAAGAAUGAUAAAACGACGACAACCGAAUUACCCACAACCGAAACGACUUUUGGUUUAGAUGAGGCAACAUCAACAACAACAACAACAAGUGACCCACCCAUAGCAGGACCCGAAGAAACUCCAGAAGAAGAUGAUGUGUGCGACUGGACAGAUACUUCGAAUGCUACUACCCUCAGGCAAUAUACUCUGCCCAAUCUUCAGGGCUGUGAUAUGUAUAGCUUUGAGAUCUAUAUGAAUUCAAAUUCAACUGUCAAGGGUUCACUGGAAUUUGCUUCCGCUGAGAAGAAUGCCAGUGUUAUCUAUAAUGCUAAUCAAAGCUUGAACCUCACCGGUGUGAAUUGGACAUGGUCACCGCCCAGGGAACAUCCCAAAUGUGUGGCCAGUUAUAAUGUAAAUAUUACGGGUCCCAUGCAGCGUGUCAAUCCAGUGCAACGUGAGCUAAACACCAAAGAAACAUUUGUGAACUUUGAGAAUUUGGAUCCUUGCGGCUUGUAUAUUGUGGAGAUUUCGCCCGUAUUGCUGAAUGGUAGUUCCGUGGCUGUAUAUCAAAACGAGAGUACCAUCAAUGAGGAUCGGCCAACGUCCAUUUUGGAACCUAUCAUUAGUCCAGCAGCGUAUUCCAUAAAUAUCAGUUGGUCGAUUCCGGCCUAUGCAGAUCUUUGUAUUGAUGGCUAUCGUUUAUCCGGCUGGAUGGAUGAUGGCAAAGAAGUGGAUGCUCUGAGUUUAACCACUCAGAUCACUAAUGUGACAUUUGAUAGCGGUCUAUUGGCUUGCCAGGCCUACACCAUACAGAUAAUACCCUAUACGAAACAAAAUCUGGACGGAGAUCUUAAACAAGUCAUGGUGGAAACCCGUGCGGCCAUUGUCGAUGCCAGUUUAAUUUCUUUCGAACAAACUGGUAUAUCGUCUCAUAGUCUGACAUUGAAUGCCAAUAAUGUGGACUACAAUAAUAUGUGUCCGACAAUAUUUGCCCGUUUCGAGUGUUCAAGUAAUGACGCGGCAAUAUCCUUUGCGGAGAAAUAUGUUGAGGGCCAUAGCAAGCGCGUAUUCCAAGCUGUGCUAACGCCUUUGUCACCCUACAAGGACUACAACUGCGAUGUGACUCUCUACAAUACCGCGGGGUCAGUCAAAAAAUCUCUUGUGGCCCAAAGAACACUGACCUACUUUCCCGAUCAACCGACAAAUGUCCAGUGUGAGAGUGCCAGUGAAACAAGUUUGGAAUUUCGUUGGUCUGCUCCGGUUAAUUUGAAUGGACCGAUUAAGUUUUAUCAGACCUAUUUAAUGCGCCACGAACCCGAUUACUUUGUCCCAGAUGCAAAUUGUGAGGCCAUCAUAGAGGAACCUCUAUCCGAGACAAAGGGUGCCGACUCUGUGAAUUUCACACAAUUAUCGCCAGGUGUUAAAUACAUGAUGCAGGUUGCCGUCCAAAAUGAAUUUGGCCUGGGCCAGUAUACAGCACCCGUAAUUGGCACAACCAAUCCAUCGGUUCCCGAUGCCAUUACUGAUCUGAAGGUAACUUCCAUGGGUCCAGCUUUGGAUAACAAUUCAUAUCGAGCCAAUGUGACCUUCGAAUGGACCGUGCCUUGCAAAUCCAAUGGUAAAAUUGAAAAAUUUUAUCUUGAUAUACAUGGAAAUCGACCAUAUUACGAUCCGAUUCCGACAUUUACGAGACCUGUCGAACCAGAUGAAAGUGACCCAAAAGGACGUAUGUCCUAUACGGAAACACAAAUAUUACCCGAAUAUGAUUACACUGUAGAAAUAUACGUAAAGAAUGUUGAAGUGGAGAGAAACAGCACCAGUGUGUCUCAAAAAUGGAGAUCGCCAGCCGGAAUUCCCUCUGCCGUGGAUGGGGAUUUGCUAUCGGCAAUGCGUGUAACCGCUCAAGAAAUGACACAUCCAACUAGUUCGGCUAUUGUACGCUUGCCCCCAGAGAUUCUAUCUUCGGAAUCGGGCACAAUAAAAUAUAUAUCACUAUUGCUCUCUCAGAAGGGUUGUACGGAUGAUCCUGUACUGCAAUAUAAUGUCAUCGACAAUGAGUGGCCAAGUGCCAAGACUUAUGAACAGGUGGGAGCCGAUGGUAGCAACUCAUGCAUCGAACAGUAUCAGACAACUCCGGAACGUUGGGAACCCGAAGUGAGCACUGUCAGCCGUGGCGAUUCGUCGACCGAGGAAAUUGUCUAUUACAUUGGCAUUGAAAACUGUCCGGGCAAUUCGCCUGAUGUCUAUUGCAAUGGACCCCUUAAAGCAGAUACGGAAUACAAUAUGGUCGUCCGUUUGUAUACCGAUUUCAGUUACAGAGAUGCAGCACUUUUGGAAUUCAAAACAGAUGCAGCCAUCCGGGUGACUCUGAUCUUGGUCAGUGUCUGCUGUUGUCUAUUGGUGGCUUUUGUUUUAGGUCUGGCAGUAUUAUGGAUACGCAAACGCAUUGCUUGGCAUCGUGACUCGGGACAGGGUAUUGAAGAUCCAUUUGGCAAUGUGAUAGCUAAAAACUUUGCCAUAUUCUAUGAUGAAGUUGCCAAGCCAGAGAAAUUGGCUCGAGAAUUCAAGGAGAUUACAGUUGUGGCCUUAGAAUUGAGCUACUCAGCGGCCGAAUUGGGUACACAUAAGAAUCGCUAUGCCGAUAUCUAUCCAUAUGACAAGAAUCGUGUUAUAUUGGAUAUCGAUGCUGAAGGAUCGGAUUAUAUAAAUGCCUCAUUUAUUGAUGGUUAUACACGUAAAAAGGAAUAUAUAGCCACCCAGGGACCAAAACCAGAAAGUGUUAUGGACUUUUGGCGCAUGGUUUUGCAGCAUAGUGUUCGCAUUAUUGUUCAGGUCACACAAUAUCGUGAAGGAAAUACUGUCAAGUGUCACGAAUACUUUCCAUUUAAUAGUCGCGGCCUAAUUGCCACCGUUAGAUCAAAGGAAUCUUUUGAACUCUACGAUCGCACUGAAUUAUGUGUUGUCCAUGACAAGUAUGGCCUAAAAGAGAAGGUCAUACAUUUCCAUUUUAAAAAGUGGCCCGAUCAUGGCUGUCCGGAAGAUCCUAUGCAUUUGAUAGCUUUCGUUAAGAAGGUCAAGUCCGAACGGCGUCCCAAUUAUUCACCCAUUGUGGUUCAUUGUAGUGCUGGUGUGGGACGAACUGGAACUUUUAUUGGCCUCGAUUUGAUUAUGCAACGUCUGAAGAGCGAGUCGAAGAUCAAUAUUUUUGAAACGGUUAAGAAACUGCGUUUCCAACGUAUGAAAAUGGUGCAAACUUUACAGCAGUAUACAUUCCUCUAUGCGUGCACGUAUGAGCUGGUGAAGCAUAAAAUCCCAAGGGUGGCCAAAAAGCAGUUGGAUAGGCGCCCCUUGUCGGGAACUCAGCCGCCUGCACUAACCAUCAAGAAGGUUAGUUUUCCAGAGACGGAUGUGACCAUGGGAUCAACUGGAGACCGUAGACCAAACGGAGGUUAUGUAUCAUCUGUUCCGGAUCCUGAAUUGGGCAUGGAUGUCCCUACAUUGCGGCUACCGCCACGUCCUGGUGGCCUGCGGAAAAUCGAUUCCGUGGAUGAUACAGAUCCCAAUUCAAUUUCAAGCUUUAUGUGAACAUAUUUUGUUUUGUCUAUUUAUUGUAUAUUUGUAUAAUACGUGUGUGUGGGACUUAGCUGCAAUAAUAUAACCAAAGAAAUGCAACUACUGUGAAAAUAAAAUAAACGCAUAUUUUGAAAUUAA